UCGGCAGCCACCUCGAGGAUGAGCGCUAAGAUAUCCCUGGCUGGCCGGACCGCGGCGCAGUCAGCGGUGAACCAUCGUGGUAAACCAUCGGGGCUGCUGCUCGCCGGAACGUCCGUGAAGAGACCGUCUUCGAUGACGGUAGAGGUGACUGGCACCGAGGAAAGAGUCGUCAAACGAGCCGCUGUCCCAGAACUGGAAGCAUCGUCCAACUCGUCGCGACCUAGCACGUUGUCUGAGAGAGAUAACACCAUGCCAACCUUAGCACGCGCCUGCACUACUGCCACUCUGCCAAGGAUCAAGAGAUUCAAAUUCGCGUCGAUCGCGUCGACGUCGAGGCCGCGUCUCGAUAUAACCGCGACUGACGUCAAGACGACGCAUCUCCAACAUCAACACCACCACCACCCGCAGCCAUCGCCGUCGCCGUCACCGAUGUCGACUCUGGUGUGCUGCGAGCCGGUCUCGGCCGGACGUUCCCGCGACAACCUCAAGCUGGUUCUGAACCGUAGUCUGAGCGAGCCAGGCCCUCCCGCUGGCGCGUCCAGCUUCCUGCCCUCUCCGACGUCCACCGUUUCGCCCAGCUCGUCCACUAGCAGCGGAGUGGACAUCGUCGACGGCAGUGACAGCGCCAACUGCAGCCUGACAGCGAGCGGAAGCAGCAUCAGCACGACAAGCAGCAGUGGCACCGACUGCGACUACCCUCUGUCCGACGUCCACCGCCACUACCAUCUCCAUCAUCAUCACCACUUCCAUCAGCAUCAGCUGUCCGCCUCGAAACGUUGCAAGCUGGAGACUGUGAGCCUCCCAGCCAGCCCCUGCUCGGAGAACAACACGCUGCAGAGGCAGCUAGUGCUGCAAAGAACCAGAACGGUCACCGCCGACGAAUUGGCGCGUCGAUUGCUCAAUCACCAGACGAACGCUAGUCCUGUAUUGCUGGAUUGUCGACCGUUCAUCUCGUACAACGUGAACCAUGUGAGGGGCGCCAUCAACGUCAACUGCUCCGAUCGGUUCAAUAGGAGGAGGUUGCAGCUGGGAAAGGCGACCUUGGCUGAUUUAGCUACCACCAAGGAGGGCAAAGAGCUGCUGCGGAAGAGACACUACAGGGAGGUGGUUGUUUACGACGACUGCACCGAUGAUCCGGACAGGUUGCCUGUGCAGCAUCCGCUCUUCCUCGUGCUGGUUUCCCUGCUGGAAGAUAAUAGGGAGCCUACUCUUCUACUUGGUGGACACAAAGAGUUCCACAGGCGGCACAGGGACCUCUGCGAGGACACGCUUCUCCCAGCGGGCGGAGCUGGCCCGUCGACGGUUAGCGGUUGCCCGAGCCCUGGACCAGGUUGUCCAAUGUUGAGCUUGUCGGGGCCACCGACUCCCCAACCUGCAGACAUCGACAGUCACCCCGCGUCCCGGGUUUUACCUUUCCUGUACCUUGGUAAUGGCAAAGACGCGGCUGAUCUGCAACUCCUUCGCGCGUUAGGCGCCACCAGAGUCCUUAACGUCACUUCGCAGCUGCCCGGGUAUCACGAGGAGAGGGGUAUUACCUACAGGCAGAUCCCUGCCUCGGAUUCCGGGCACCAAAACCUCAAACAGUACUUCGAGGAGGCCUUCGACUUCAUCGAGGAAGCCCGAAAAGCCGGAAGCAGCGUACUGGUUCACUGUCAGGCGGGAGUGUCGCGCAGCGCGACGAUUGCUAUCGCGUACAUAAUGCGGCACAAAGGUUUGUCGAUGGUGGAGGCGUACAAGUUGGUGAAGAACGCGCGGCCUAUCAUCAGUCCGAACUUGAACUUCAUGGGCCAGCUACUCGAGCUAGAGCAGGGGCUGAGGGCGUCGGGCGGUGUGGCCCCGGCGCCUGAAGAGCCAAAGAGCUGUCAUCAAUGUCGCUGGUCGCACCAGCAGAACAGCGAAGAGGUGACGUCCGGAUGCAGCGUGUGAGGACCGCCUCCGGAUACGUUGGGCCUCGGUUGUCGCACCCUGGGCCCUGCCAGAUGAAAACUACUGUACACAUAUCCUGCAUAUCCGCGUGGAUCGAACUCGUAUUCCCUGUUUCUCCCGCGGAAGAAGAACUCGGAUUACCUUGCUACACGUGCCUUGGCGAUCGCCCCCAGAUACCGGGAAAGGCUGAUUUUACGGAAACAGUAUAUUUCUUAUUCACCGGAUAACUUAUUUGAGUGGAAGGGAAGAUGAGAGGAAGCCUCGAUCGGCAGGACUGCACGGAAAAAGAGACAAAUAAUGCGCGCGACGUCCAUCUUGCGGAGGAUCGUCAAACCUGCCUGGAUCCCUACACGCUGUCCCUCGUUGCGGGCAACAUGCACGUGCCACGUCGCGAAUUAUUUAUUUCGUCGGAGAGAGAGAGACUUGGUGCAAUCGUCGUUAAAAGGUGUACUUAUGCGACAGUGUUCCGCAGCAUCUUGGUACAAUUGUCUGAGACACACGCGCUCUUCCUCAUCUCCCAUAAAAGGAAACUUACCUUUUAUUUUAUCUCGCAAGCUUAGCGAGAACAUUCGACUUUACUAUGUUUAGUUCGGAAAGAUUUCUACUCCUCAGAAACGUUUCACCCUCUAUUGCAUUUGCCUAAUUGGAAACUUAAUCAAAAUCUUACAGAUUUAGGCAUUGAUUACUUCAUGGACCUAUAAAUAAUUAUGCUAUAGAGGGUUAGCGUCCUGCAAA